GAACGACCGUUCCCAUAGCAACGGUAAACGGAGCGGCCAGAAGUGACCGUGAGUCCAGAACAUCUGCAGAAUUUAACACGUUUAGCACAGUGAAGCGUCCAUUCCUGCGGUUGGGUAGUAGAUUAACGUUACAGUUUCUAUCGUCACGUUUUCUGAACUGCUCCAAUGAAUCCAGUUUCAAUCAGAGGAGGCUGCAAGUCCUCUGAACCCCUCAUGGUUGGUAACAUCAGUCAUCACAGUAUUGAGCUGAUUUGGGGAAGUGGUGAGAAACACCGUAGUGGCCCUACUGAAAGCUGGACUCGCUUUGCUGUGGAGGAGAUGGACCCCAAAACACAUACAUAUGGCACCAUAUAUGUUGGGUACAGCACCCAUCACACUGUUGAAGGACUGGAGCCCAGCACACUGUACAAAUUUAGACUGAGGACUACCGGACCAAACGGGGAUUGCUGCCUUAGCCCUGCUGUCUCCAUCUCCACAUCUCGGGAGCCGCUGAACGGCAAACACCUUCACCAGGCUGUGAACAGGAACGAUGAAGAGGAGCUGAACCGAGUGCUGCAGUCUGGCACAGUGAAUGUGAAUGUUUGUGACAAAAUGGGCCUCACACCGCUCAUGGUAGCUGCACAGAAAGGUUUCGGCAGGUUGGUGCAUAAAUUGGUGGAACAUGGUGCGGAUAUUCACAUAAAGAAUGGCACAGGCAAAGACUGUCUAAUGUUGGCCUGUUUUGCUGGACACUUGGACAUUGUGAAGUACCUACGUAAGUCUGGGGCAACAUGGCAGUCUCAAGACAAGGGUGGAUGCACCCCUCUCCACUGGGCUGCAGAUGGGGGCCACCUUCCUGUUAUAGCGUACAUGAUUCAGGAUGGCUGUGAGCUGGAUGUGAGGGAUUCUGUCUCUCACUGGACUCCUCUCAUGAGAGUGUCAGCGCUGAGUGGGAAUGCUGCGGUGGCCUCACACCUCAUUCGUGCUGGCACCGAUGUCAACGUCCGCGACAAAGAUGGAAAGACUCCACUCAUGCUGGCUGUACUAAACAAUCAUGAGGAGCUGGUGGAACUCCUGCUGGACAGUGGUGCUGACCACCAUGUGAAGAAUGAGUUUGGAUCAGGUGCAGCAGAAAUGGCCAAAGCAUUCGGAAGGCAGAAUAUCAUCAGCUUGUUGGAGGGCAGGAAGAUUCUUUAGAAAGGCAUUAACAUCAGAAUAACAAACAAAAAACACUAAUAUUGACUUUCUGUAGCAUUUUUUUAACAUAAAAAUUGUUUUAUAUGCUCAUACAUGGUUACAAUUAGAAAUAUUCCACAUAAUGUUUUGAUGUAAUAAAACUGUUGUCCUUUGUUUUUAUUUUGGAAUAUAUUUCCAUGAUCGAAGCAGUAGUGAAGCAUUAAUUUACAAUAGAUUACACAAACAGUAGCCAAUGAUGCAAAUUAAAGCCUUGUUUAUUUAUUUGUUCUAUUAUUCUGUUGAAGCCUUUGAAUAAUGAUGUGUUUGAAUGAUACCAUGUUCCCAGUUACCUUUCAGGUUCACUGGCAAAGAAAAUGGAAAUGAAUAACAUUUUGCUUUGUAGUAUAAGAGCAAAGACAUAG